AUGGAAUAUCAAAGUAAUAAUUAUGGUAUUGAAUUAUAUAAUAUAUUAUCUCAUAUUGGAUAGGGCAGUUAUGGAAAUAUAUAUCUUAUUUAAAAUAAAAAAACUUAAAAGAAAUAUGCAAUGAAAAUAUUAAAUAAAGAAAAGAUAUUAACAAAUAAUUUAAUUUAAUAUGCUAUCUCUGAAAAAAGUAUAAUGUAAAAAUGUAAUUCUUCUUUUAUAGUAAAACUAUAUCAUGCUUUUUAAACUUAAAAUUUUUUGAUUUUUGUAAUGGAUUAUUGUGCUGGAGGUAAUUUAUAUAAUUAUUUAUAAUUAAACAAGAGGUUUGAUGAAGAUAUCGCACUUAAAUAUUUAAGUGAAAUAACACUUGCUAUUGAAGAAUUACAUUAUAAUAAUAUUUUAUAUAGAGAUUUGAAGCCUGAAAAUAUUGUACUUUGUUAAGAUGGUCAUAUUAAAUUAAUAGAUUUCGGAUUAUCUAAAGAAGAUUAAGGAACAGGGGUUUCUUCUACUUUUUGUGGCUCGGGUGUAUAUCUUGCGCCAGAAAUAAUUAACAAAAAGGGACAUAAUAAAAGUGUCGAUUGGUAUUAAUUAGGUAUUUUGGCAUAUGAAUUAUUGGUUGGAUAGCCUCCUUUUAAUUAAAUUGAUAGAAAAUAAUUAUAUUAUAAUAUAUAAAAUAAGAAAGCUGAAUUCCCAUUAUUUUUAUCUUAAAAAGCUAAAUCUUUAAUUAGUUAACUGAUAAAUAAGAAUCCUGAAGAAAGAUUAGGAUCAGGAAAAAAUGAUUCCGAAGAAAUUAAAAAUCAUGAAUUUUUUUAAACUAUAAAUUGGUUUGAUGUCAAAUAAAAGUUCUUUUUUUUUUGUUAUUAAAAAAAUAAAAUAAAAUGUAAUUUUUUUUUUUUUCAUUUUUACAAAAAGAUAUUAUUAACUUCCAAUACCUAUUUGUAAUAAUAUUGUUGA